UCCGGGCCAGUGAGGCGCGGGGGGCGGUGACUGCUGCUGGGCUUGCGGGGACCGCCGCCCGGCUCGCCCGAGCUCGCCCGCUGCUCGCCAGCCUGCAGAAGGGGGAAUUCGAACGCUUCCGCAGCUGGCUGCUCAGUGGCCUCGUGUCAAGUUGCCCCACUGCGACUGGCCUUCCUAACACAGACACGUCCUCUCUUUUUAAUACUUUCAAAGAAACAAUAACCUUCAAGCUGGCGGGAGCAAUGGUUCACUUAAAGAAAGGCGAGCUGACCCAGGAAGAAAAGGCGCUUCUGGAAGUAAUCGGGAAAGGUACUGUCCAAGAAGCUGGAACACUAUUAGCCAGCAAAAAUGUUCGUGUCAACUGUUUGGAUGAGAAUGGAAUGACUCCUCUAAUGCAUGCUGCUUUUAAAGGAAAACUUGAAAUGUGCAAAUUACUUUUGAGACACGGAGCUGAUGUAAAUUGUCAUCAACAUGAACAUGGAUACACAGCUCUCAUGUUUGCUGCGCUUUCUGGUAAUAAAGACAUCACGUGGGUAAUGUUGGAAGCUGGUGCUGAGACAGAUGUUGUUAACUCUGUAGGAAGAACAGCAGCUCAGAUGGCAGCCUUUGUUGGUCAACACGAUUGUGUGACUAUAAUCAACAAUUUCUUUCCUCGAGAGAGACUGGAUUAUUACACUAAAACCCAGGGACUGGACAAAGAGCCAAAACUGGCCCCAAAGUUGGCAGGCCCUCUGCAUAAAAUUAUCACCACGACAAAUCUUCAUCCUGUCAAGAUUGUGAUGCUUGUAAAUGAGAAUCCUCUGCUGGCAGAUGAAGCAGCUCUGAACAAAUGCUACAAGGUGAUGGAUUUGAUUUGUGAGAAAUGUAUGAAGCAGAGAGACAUGAAUGAAGUAUUGGCUAUGAAAAUGCAUUACAUCAGCUGUAUCUUUCAGAAAUGUAUUAGCUUCUUAAAAGAUGGAGAGAAUAAACUGGACACUCUCAUCAAAAGUUUGUUAAAAGGCCGACCUUCUGAUGGCUUUCCAGUAUAUCAAGAAAAGAUCAUUAGAGAAAGUAUCCGAAAAUUUCCUUACUGUGAAGCUACUCUCCUCCAGCAGCUGGUGCGAAGCAUUGCUCCUGUUGAAAUUGGUUCUGAUCCUACUGCUUUCUCAGUACUUACCCAAGCCAUCACUGGGCAAGUGGGUUUCGUGGAUGUGGAAUUUUGCACUACCUGUGGAGAAAAGGGAGCAAGUAAGAGAUGCUCAGUGUGCAAAAUGGUGAUAUAUUGUGAUCAAACCUGCCAGAAAACACACUGGUUUGCACAUAAGAAAAUAUGUAAGAAUCUAAAGGACAUUUAUGAGAAACAACAGCUGGAAGCUGCCAAAGAAAAGAGUGAAGAGGAAAACAAUGGCAAGCUUGAUGUCAAUUUGAAUUGCGUUCCUGAAGAACAUGCAGAGGCUGAAACGGGAAUCUCCCAAAAGGAUUGCGAACCGAAAGGCUCCGUGGAAGGGGAGAAGGAAUCUCUUCAGAGUGCUGCUGGGCUGGAAGACUUACAGGACGUGCCUGCAGGUCCACAGGUAUCUGAGGAAUAAAAGCCAGAGCAAGUGCCAGCGUGUAUGGUCCUCACCCUGGCAGGUAGCUGGAAAACUCCUGUGACUGUGUCCUCCUUUCCGCAUGGCAGCUGCAUGGCACCAUGACAAGAUUCCACAUUCUGUAGAAUAGAUGCUUUCAAGCAAAGCUCUGUUUACCAUGCCCUAAUUUCCUAGUGACCUCUAUUCUAUAAGUGCACAGAUAUCCCAAGGGAAACAUUUUUAUUUCAAAAUGUAGGAGAAAAACUUCUAUUCCCUUUUUAAAUCCAGCUUUCUAGCUAUUGUUCUCAAAGGAAAAUACAUUCCCUUAAAGAAGAACUAUAGGCUCUAUGGAACAAAGGGGCCAGCAGAAUAGGUAUAGGAGAGAGGAGAUUUUCAGAAAGAAAAAUUUUAUAGCCACUGAGAUGGGUAAUUAAAAGAAUCAUAACUUAUAUGUGAAUAAAAUGCAUAUAAAUAGCAUUUAUAGUAUGAGGUUCUGCUUACUAAGAUGCAGUGAAAUGAAGAAAAGUUGUAUGGUAAAGGAUCUUUGCCAUAGUUCAGCUAAUUGUAGUUUUACAUAGAAAUUAUUCCGAGUAGUCUGAACUUUAUAUAGUUCCUGCAGUGACGUUUUAGCUACAGUGUUUGUACCUUCAGAACUCUCCAAUCUCCCCACAGGGACUAAGGCAUAGCCACAGUGACCUCAGCAUGUGCAUUAAGAAAGAUGUCUCAUGAAAUUUUUUAUUAAAUGAUGGCUGAACAUACUGUGUCCACAAUUAUUAUAAAACCAACUCAUGUGCCAUAUUCCACUUGAAAGGCUUUUAUCUUCCCAUAAGCUUUUCAUGUGUUGCUUCCUAUCUAGAAACUGAUUUAUAGUUGCCACUUGUAGAAUGUCCUGGCGUCCAUUUUUAGUGUAUGCAGUACUGACACAGAGCUCGACUGUGAUAGCUGACCAUGGUGGUGUGUUUUGGUUUCUUGUGUUGAUUGUAAAAUAAACUGUGCCUACGAAUGUAAACCAACUACCACCUUGUUUCACAGUUGAUUGCUCUGAGGGGGUGGCGAAUAUUAGAGAAAGAUUAGACAACUUGAGAAAUUUUAGGAGACUUAGCAAAUAUUGGAGAACAAAAUAAUAUUUUUAGUAUGUACAAUCAAAAAUCAAAAUGACUGGAAUUCUCACCUCAUGUACACACAUUCCUUGAUCUUCUGGUUCUUCUCUUCCUUACACUCAACUGCUUUCAUUUCAUCCCCAACACCUGUGUCUUCUGCACACCCUAUACCAAACUCCAGUUAGACUUCAUGCGAGUAAAUUCAGUGUUGGGGUUUGCUGGAUAGGAAUUCAGCAGACAGCUUUUACCUGAACUUAUCAUGCCUUCUCUCAUGGAGGCAUCUCAUCUACACACUGAUAAACAUUCCUCCUUGGCUAGUAAAAUAUCCUUCCAGGCAGUCCUCUCCCACAGAUAUGUUUUUUAAUUGAGUUCAUAGAUUUUUAGGUUUUUUUUGUGUUUGUAUUACCAUCAUUCUGUAUUAUCAUUAUGGUGCCUGUUUUUGGAUCCCAUGAAGAAUUGUGAAGAAGCAGAAGAAAAUAGGAAAAUUGAGAGAUGUGGCAAUGUAGAGGUCAUUUCUCCUUCUUUGAAAUGAAUGCUAAUUUGAGUUGAAACUCUAACAGAGCUAUAACUGGCAUAAACAGUAACUCUCACUGGACAAAAAUUGUUGAUAUCACAAUUUUCCAUGGAUGUAUUUCAGAGAAGAGGUGGUCAGAAGAAAGUGGAGUUGGUUCUAAUUAUAAUUUCUUCCUUUGUCAUAAAUAAUCUAAAAUAGAAGUUUCCAUUGUAACAUCAAAA